CAGCUCUCUCCUAAAAAAAGCCUCUAGUACCCAAUUUGACAACGUGAAUUUUUAUUGAUUUCUGCCUUUUUUAUUAUUUUGAUAAUUUCACAUAAAUUUGAGUUGCAUUCUUCAAAAAAAUGUCUCUUUUCCGAAAACCCAAAAAAACAAUUCAACGUCGUGUAUUUUCCACAUUCGAUGAUGAAGAAGAUCAUUUCACACGAAACGACAAUGGAAAUUCCACCAAAAAAAUGGAUGUAGACUCAUCACCACCCAACAAUUUUAAUUAUAAUAAAAAAAAAUUAAAAAAUCCUAAAACAAAAAAUGAUAAAAAAGAUUCAACAGACUCGUCUUCGUCCUCAAAACAAUCGAAAACAAAGUCAUUACUAAGUUUUGCCGAUGACGAUGAAGAAGAUGAGGCAUUUCAAGUGCGAAAGUCAUCGCAUAGUAAAAAAGUUAUGCGAAUGAUGGACAAAGAACGACGUAAAAAAAAAGCUAAAGAAGGUAGUGGUGAUUAUAACUACCACGAAUCUACAAACUAUUCAUCAUCACAUCAUCAUGACAAUGGAUUGGGUGCUUCGUCCGAAACCCAUUCAACUACCUCUCGAUAUGAUAACGAUGAUAAAUGUCCAUUGUCAUCGUCGACGACAACAAGUUCAUUCGAACAAACUAGAACUAAAAAAUCUGACAACAUUGAAACAGAAAUUCGCACAGACGAUUUUGUGCUAGUUGUCAAGAAAUCCGAACCACCUCCGCCGCCACUUAUUCUCAAUGGAAGAGCCGCCUUUUGUGCCGGCAAAGAUGACAUGUCCGAUGACGAUGAUGAGAGAGUAAGUGGCGACGAUGGUGAUAGCAAACACAUGUUUUCCAAACCGGAAAACCUCAAGCAAAUGCUUGAAAGUGGUUCCAUCCCAGAUGCGGCUAUGAUUCACGCCGCCAAGAAACGUAGGCAAAAAGCCCGCGAACAAGGUGUCGUUAUUCCAGUGGAAGAGCCUAAAGAUGUGUCAAAUAAGAAAUCAAAGCGACUUGAUCGAGAAGAGGAAGUUGAGAAUUCCGAUGAGGAAGAGCGUGUCGAUAUGAAUGCUCUAACUGGGAAGAAAGAACUCGAAGAGCGACGGGAACAAUUCUAUUCCGUUGAGAACAAUUAUUCCGACGAUGAUGAUUCAGAUCGGGAAACCAAUGAAUGGGAAAACCAACAAAUUCGAAAGGGAGUCACUGGAGCACAGCUCGUGACAGCCCAACAAGAAUCUGUUCUAUCAAGAUUUAUGAUAAAAUCAUCUACCAAUCAAUUAGAUAAUCCAUCUCCACAGUCGACGUCGACGCUGUUAGAUGAGGCAUAUGCCAGGAAUUCGUUCCAAAAACCACGUCUCUUAGUGAGUAGCACAAAGAGUAAAAAAGAAAAUAGUAAAGUAUCGGCGUUAAGGACGCCUCAAGAAAUCACAAAUUCAAUUAAAACGAGAUUGAUAAAGUUGCGAGAACUCAAUGAGAGACAUAAAGCUGAUAUUGAUAGAAUAUCGGCAGAGAUGAAGGUCUUGAAACUCGAAGAGUUGGACUGUUCACAGAAAGCACCAACUGCGGCAGCAAAAUAUCGAUUCUAUCAGGAGAUCAAUGGGUACGUCAGUAAUCUGGUUGAGUGCCUAAACGAGAAGGCGCCAAUAUUGAAUGAUUUGGAAAAACGUGCUAUGCAAGUCUUUUCAAAGCUACCCACUUAUUUGAUUGAAAGGCGAAGACAAGAUGUUCGCGAUCAAGUGAAGGAAAUCACAGAAUUGUCAAGUAAAUACUUGGGUUCUGGUGCAAUGAGAAGAGGACCGGAACAUGAAGAAAUAAUCAAAAGAACAGCGGAAAGGGAAUGUAGACGGACACGAAGACGGUGUGAAAGGGAAAAGAAUGACACUAGUAGUAGUCAUUUGGAUGGAAUGUCGAGUGACGAUGAAGUCUCGGAUCGUUUCCUCGAACAGAAGAAAUCGUCAAUGGACCAACUGGAGGUGGAAGUAGAUGAUUUGUUUGCCGAUGCAGGAGAUGACUUUUGCAGACCAGAACAAAUUCUAUCAAAAUUCAAUGUCUGGAGGAAGACAGAUAUGGAGUCAUAUAAAGAUGCCUUUGUUAGUCAUUGUCUGCCCAAGAUCAUGGGUCCCAUUGUAAGAACUGAAAUACUUUUAUGGAACCCGUUAAACGAAGACUAUAAAGACAUUGAGAAUAUGGCAUGGUAUUCUGAAUGUAUGCUUUAUGGUUGGUCAAAAGAUGAGACUAAAGAGUCGUUAUUACUUGAUACAGAUAUGAAAUUGGUGCCAAUAAUAAUUGAGAAAAUAUUGCUUCCGAAGAUUACAGAAAUUGUUAGUAAUUGCUGGGAUCCGAUGUCAACAACACAAAGUCUACGAUUGAUUGGAUUGAUUAAUCGGAUUGGCAGAGACUAUCCAAUUCGGGAAAUAUCAACACAACUUCAGCAACUUUUCAAUGCUAUUCAAGAUAAAUUGAAAUCAGCUCUAGAUAAUGAUGUUUUUAUACCGAUAUUUCCAAAGCAAGUUCAAGAAGCAAGAACAUCAUUUUUUCAAAGACAAUUAUGUGCUGGUUUGAAAUUAUUCCGAAAUUUCUUAAGUUGGCAAGGAAUUAUAGCUGAUCGAACUUUAAGAGAUUUAGCUAUAUCAUCUCUUCUUAAUCGAUACCUCUUUUUAGCCACAAAGAUGUGUUCUACAAAUGAUGCACUUAGCAAAGUAUAUAUUGUGGUAAAUACUCUACCAACGGCAUGGUUGCAACCAGAAUCAGAAACACUCCAGAGUCUACAACCGUUUAUAACAUUUAUUAAGUCAAUAUUUGAAACUUUCGAUCCAAAAAAUCCAUUGCAUAUGCAAUCGUGUGAUAAAGCAAAGCAAAUCCUUCAACGACUGCAUAGUUGGUAAAAAAAAACAGAACAAAUUAAAAAACAAAAAACUUUUACUUUAGACUUAACUAUUAAAAAAAAGGCAAACAAGUUAAUAAAUGAAUAAAAUAUAAAACUUACAACAAAAACAAAAAAAUGAAAUAGAUAUAUAUGUUCGUAUAGCUUAAGUUAACAUUUUUUUAUUGUAAAAAAAUAUUUAAACCUUUAAAAACUGUAAUUAAAAAUUGCAACAGAUAUGUUAAAAAAAAUAUAACAAAUCACUUGAUCAAAAUAA